AUGAGCGGCUGUCACUCCCCCAACCUUCAGUCCAAAGCCAAACUCCCCAGAAAGUUGCGUAUGAGAGACCAGUCAGGUGAGAUUGUAUCAGCGAAACGAAAGAUCGAGUCAGUCCACUCUGUUCCGUCCAGUUUGGAGACUGUUGACUGGGAUAUGAAUUCUCUCUGCCUUCUUUGUUCCCCUUUGGUGAAAGUGCGUGUUCAGGCGGCAGAGCUGACGUCCUGCGAAUGGUGCACUGUCCAGAAGCUGCCCACUGUUUUUUGUCAGACGACUCCUGCUGAAUGCCUUCGCCUCAGACUUGAGCUCGGCAUGUCCAAAGUUCAUAGAGGUCACUGGUAUGACUGCCAGAAUCUCAGUGAGCAAUACUUUGUCCUUAUCUUUGAGAAGGCACCAACAGCGACCGAGGAGAUGGCGCUUCAGGAGAUUUUUUCAAAGAUUUACAGUGGUGAAGAUGUGUUGAUAGAUCUCCAGACGUCCAUUAAUGAACCCGACAGAAAAUUACUGGUGUACCCACCAAGUCCAGCCAGAGGCGGCAUAACCGUCACAGCUGAGGACUUGAGCUGCCUAAACAAGGGCGAAUUCUUAAACGAUGUGAUCAUAGACUUCUACCUGAGGUUCCUGCUUUGUGAGAAGCUACAGAAAGAAGAGGCUGGCAGGUGUCACUUGUUUAGCUCCUUCUUUUUCAGACACCUUUCCCAGACAGUCAGAAAGGACAACGGUGUUGCUGAUUUAUCACUUGAGGAGAGAAGGCAUACCCGGGUAAAAACUUGGACUAGGCAUGUGAACCUUUUUCAGAAAGACUUCAUUUUCAUUCCUAUAAAUCAGUGUGCACACUGGUACCUGGCAGUCAUCUGUUUCCCAGGACUGGUGGUCCACUACUCUGAACCACACCUUGGGCACCAAGCUGCCCCAUCAGCUCAUAGAGGUCCAGUCACAGAGGGUCACACAUCCACAAUACAUAGUGGCUCCACUGAGCCCCAACCCAGCCUUUCUCCACCCAACCCUAUGCCAUGUAUCCUAAUCAUGGACUCCCUGAAUUGCCAUGCCAAGCCAUCAGUAGUGAGGACACUCCAAGAAUAUUUAGAAGUGGAAUGGAGGGUCAAAAUGGGGACAUGGCAGAACUUUGGGAAAGGUGUGAUGGAGGGCUGGACUCCCCUGGUGCCCCAGCAGGACAAUUUCAGCGACUGUGGCAUUUAUCUCUUGCAGUACGUGGAGAGUUUCCUCAAGAAACCGCCACAUAAAUUUCAUUCUAAGAUGGAUCUAAGCAACUGGUUUCCAAAGAGAACAGUAAAGAAAAAAAGAGAGGAGAUCAAGGAACUUAUUCUCGGACUCCAUAAACAGCAACAAAUGAGUUUUGAGACCGCUGACCAAUACCGCGACAUGCGAGCAUGUAACUCUGCUUAUCUAUCGUAUGAGGGUUUCUAG